AUGCGCCCACUUCUGUAUGCAGAUCUCUCGUUGUGCUUGGCUUUGGUGGUCUGUGCUCAGAGUCCAGCAUGUCCUUCUCUGUGCACGUGUGUGCUCCAGGGUCGCAGUGAUACCAAAGGACUGAGAACUGUGCUCUGCAAGAACCCAGCCUUGACUGCCAUUCCAAUAGAUUUGCCAAAUGACACGGUGAAGUUUCGUCUGGAGCGCACCUCUGUUUCCAGGAUAUUUAGAGGAGCUUUCUCAGCCAUGCCAGAGCUGCUUUAUUUGUGGCUUACAUAUAACUCCAUCUCCGUCCUACACCCAAGAAGUUUCACAAACCUGUCCUCCCUACAUGAGUUACGACUGGACGGGAACCUGCUGUCCACCUUCCCCUGGGAAGGGCUCAGGGAUAUGCCCCGUCUGCGAACUCUUGGACUGCACAAUAACCGCCUGGCACGAAUACCACUCCUGGCUGUCCGCUACCUUAGAAAUGUGACUUACCUGGAUCUCUCGAGCAACAGGCUGAGCACUCUGGCCAAUGACCUGACGGCUCUCUGGCUGUUCAGUGACAGCAAUCAAACCCAGCGCUCCUUUGUUUUAGGUCUUCAAGACAAUCCCUGGGUCUGCGAUUGUCGGCUUUCCACCUUGCUUGACAUUAGUCGAGGCCCAGAAAGCUCUCUGGUCCUGCUGGACCGCUUCCUGACAUGUAGUGAACCUUUGGAUCUGGCUGGAGUUCCCUUUCAGAGUGUAGAGCUCAGCCGAUGCCGCAGGCCGUAUGUGGUGACGUCUGCCACAAAGAUCACCGCUCUGCUGGGCAGCACUGUCCUGCUCCGCUGUGAGGCCACAGGACACCCGACGCCAGCACUCAUGUGGAUCAAAUCUGCCAAACGCAACCUUUAUAAUCAAGAUGUGCAAGAGUCUCCUCGUGUGGGGGUCCGAUGGUCUGUGGUCAGUCUAAACGGGAUCUCCUAUAGUGAUGCAGGAGAGUAUCGGUGCAGAGCGCAAAACAUGGCAGGCAUUUCAGAGGCCGUCGUCAGUCUGAAUGUGGUCGGGGUAAUGGCCGAAUAUACAGACUUCAAAAACUCCGACCAACAGCAAACUACCACAAAAUCAGACUCUAAACGGACGAAACCCAAGCAGAAAUCUAAAGCGAUGAUGCCUCGAAAUAUGACCGGUUCACUUUCUCCUCUAAAGAGAGUCCUGAAAACCCCCAAAGCUGGCAGAGACAAAAUGAAAAGGGACAGGACAGCUGUACAGAAGCUGUCCCACAGACACUUUCUGACUGCUUCUGAUGAUUCACUCCUUCACUCUCACGCUGACAAACACCUCUUGUAUUGA